GGAGCAAAGCCUCCAACUUUUCAAAAGCCAUAAAAUCCUAACCAAUGAGACUUUCAAUUUCGUCAUCUUCAAUUUAAUCUUCUCUUCUCUUCUCUCGAUUCCCUCUUUACUAGGGUUCUCUUCUACCUUUUCUUUUGGGUACAAUCACUACGCUGUCGUUUUAUCACUUCUCUCGUUUUGCUACAGAGAUCAAAUCUCUUCUCAAUUUCAUCCGGUUUAAGCAGCUUUGAAUCCGUUUGUUGAAUAUUUGGGUAAACAACAAUUUGCUAAAGUCUGUCAGAUUUCUGUUAGUGAGAAUGAGAUAGUCGGAACCAGAUUAUUCCUGCAUAACGGUAAUGUAUGUUUAAGAGAGUGUGGGGGUUUAGAAGAGUUGUAUUUAUUGAGCAAACCAAUGGAAGCUACAAGGUCUUGGUUCAACAAACUGAAAUCAAAAGAUAAGAUAAGGUCUUCAAAGAAUAAAGAAGGUGCAGCCAAUGCAAAGGAGGGGUCUAAACCACCAACAAGUGAAGAGGCACCAUCGAAUGUCACCAAACAGCGGGUAGCAGCUGCAAAGCAGUAUAUUGAAGACCAUUAUAAGAAGCAGAUGAAAGGCCUGCAGGAAAGAAAGGAGCGACGUGAUAUUCUAGAAAGGAAGUUGGCUGAUGCUGAAGUCUCUGAAGAAGAACAAAACAACUUACUGAAGUAUUUGGAGAAGAAAGAGACCGAAUACAUGCGUAUUCAGAGACAUAAGAUGGGGGCUGAUGAUUUCGAGCCAUUGACCAUGAUUGGCAAGGGUGCAUUUGGAGAGGUUAGAAUCUGUAGGGAGAAGGCAACUGGUCAUGUUUAUGCUAUGAAGAAGCUGAAGAAGUCAGAGAUGCUUCGUAGAGGCCAGGUUGAACAUGUGAAGGCUGAGAGAAAUCUACUUGCUGAGGUUGACAGUAAUUGCAUUGUCAAACUAUAUUGCUCCUUCCAAGAUGAAGAAUACCUAUAUCUCAUUAUGGAAUAUUUGCCCGGGGGAGAUAUGAUGACUUUACUAAUGCGGAAGGAUAUACUAACUGAAGAUGAGGCCAGGUUUUAUGUUGGAGAAACUGUCUUGGCGAUUGAAUCAAUCCACAAACAUAAUUAUAUUCAUAGAGAUAUCAAGCCUGACAACCUACUACUCGAUAGAAAUGGUCAUAUGAAAUUAUCAGAUUUUGGAUUAUGUAAACCAUUAGAUUGCAGUAAUCUUCAGGAAAAGGAUUUUACUAUGGCAAAGAAUCUCAGCGGGGCUCUUCAAAGUGAUGGACGACCUGCAGCACCGAAACGCACCCAACAAGAGCAGUUGCAGCACUGGCAGAGGAACAGAAGGAUGCUUGCUUAUUCUACAGUUGGUACACCCGACUAUAUUGCACCAGAGGUUUUGCUGAAGAAAGGAUACGGAAUGGAAUGUGAUUGGUGGUCUCUUGGUGCUAUCAUGUAUGAAAUGCUUGUUGGAUAUCCACCCUUUUAUUCAGAUGAGCCAAUGUCAACCUGUCGGAAGAUAGUAAAUUGGAGAACACAUUUAAAGUUUCCAGAAGAAGCAAAACUAUCACCCGAAGCGAAAAAUCUUAUCAGUAAACUCUUAUGUAAUGUUGAGCAGAGGCUUGGCACAAAAGGCGCCCAUGAAAUUAAGAGUCACCCAUGGUUUAAAGGUAUUGAAUGGGAUAAGUUGUAUCAAAUGAAAGCUGCAUUUAUUCCUGAAGUCAAUGAUGAGUUGGACACACAAAAUUUUGAGAAGUUUGAAGAGGCUGACAACCAAGUUCCAUCUGCAGCAAAAUCUGGUCCUUGGAGAAAGAUGCUUUCAUCCAAAGAUGUAAACUUUGUGGGUUACACAUACAAGAACUUCGAAAUUGUAAAUGAUAAUCAGUUACACGGCAUCGCUGAAUUAAAGAAGAAGAGCUCGAAACCCAAGCGACCCUCCAUCAAAUCCCUUUUUGAGGGCGAGUCAGCCGAAGCUGCCAGUCAGCCUGUUCAAGGGAGCUUCAUAAACCUCUUGCCUACGCAAAAAGAAGUCCCCGAGAGCCGUCUGAGAAAGUGAAGGCUUCAAUAUCCUCGUGAUGUCAGGAAGUUCUCCGGUGAACCGCAUCUGCUUUUUCGGCACAUCUUUUAUUUUUCAGUGAAAAAGGCCCCACAAAAACAAAAAGUGGUUUGAGACGUGGGAUUUGGCUCCUCCUUGAGCCAGUUAGGAGAUUGUUUUCUUUUUUGGUAAAAUGACAUCUGAAAGUAAAUAUUCUUUAAUAUUUGUUGUGUAUUUGCCCUCCCCACAUUAUGUCAAUUUUCAAGGCAAGCAGAAAGAAUUUCAUGUACAA